AUGACAAGCAUGCACUCUCUCGCUGGUCUUCUUCUUCUCAUCAUCAUCCAAAGCAGCUGGCAGAGUCCUCUGCUGGAAGAUAGGGGUGACUCUAGCUUGGAGCCACAGGACACCCUCCUACAGGAGCCAAAGGAGGUUCCCAACAUGAAAAGGCAUUCAGAAGGAACAUUUUCUAAUGACUACAGCAAGUACCUGGAGAACAGAAGAGCUCAGGACUUUGUACAGUGGUUGAUGAACUCCAAGAGGAGUGGCGGCCCUUCCAGACGUCACGCAGAUGGAACGUUCACAAGUGACGUCAGCACCUAUCUCCAGGACCAGGCGGCUAAAGAAUUUGUGUCCUGGCUCAAAUCUGGACAAGCAAGAAGAGAACUUGAAGAGCCUCUGGGCAUAGAAUCACUGCAGAGACGCCAUGUAGACGGGAGCUUCACCAGCGAUAUGAACAAGGUGCUCGAUAGCAUCGCUGCAAAGGAAUAUUUACUUUGGGUGAUGAACUCCAAACCCUCUGUGGCAAGAAAUUCAAGAACAGAUGACACAGUCUUUGACAUCUAUCAGUCUGGAAAGGGUUACAAAGCCAUUUAUAAAGCUCUGGGACUCCAGCUAACUAUGAUGAGAGCCAUUAUCUACAAAUGGAGACAACUUGGACUCAUCCAGGAGGUCACAAAAGAACCCAGACUAACAUCCAAAGAAUUGCAGGCCUCGCCUGCCUGA